AUGUCAUCAAAAGAGAACCCCAUCAAGCUCCGCGCGCUCCUCCUGGCCUUGGACCAGCUACCUCAACUCUCCCGGCUAUUGGAUGGAGUGAAUGAACUACAGCGAGCUGUUUGGGAACUCGACGGAAGAGUCUCAAAGUACAGAUUGAGCGAGAAACACUCCGAUCAGGCCGAGCAGGGUCUGAAGGAUGCCCUGCAGGACCUGAAGAAGUCCAUCCAAAACCCGCGGGAGAAGGUGAUCAUCUACUACGGCGGCCAUGCCUGUCUCAUGGGAUCGUCACAUCAACAUCAAUGGCGGUGGCUUGCAUAA